AUGCCGGUUACUGUGGGCCCUUUGCAGUUUAAUGUCGACUUCCUCGAGCCCUUAAAAUACGACAUCCCUAGAGGUUCAUGGGUGACGCGGUUCGAUCCAGUCACGAAAUGCGUCACUUUAAGGAGUCUGAUGUGGCCAGGCAAGCACUUGUAA